AGUUCCAGUUUCCAGUAUUUACAUCGUAAUUAUUUACAACACAAAGUUAAGAAAUCUUAUUUUUAAUUUUAAAUAAUUUCACUACUAUGGCUGCCACUGAAAGUAAGGGAGAACUCCAAACCAUUGAUCUGAGUAAACUCAACAUUCAGCAACUGGCUCAAUUGAAGAACCAGGUCGACAAUGAGUUGAUGGUAUUUCAAGAUUCAGUCCACAGUUUGAAAAUUGCCCAGACAAAAUUUCUGGAGUCUAAGGAAAGUUUAGACAAAAUUACACCGGAGAGCAAAGGAAAGGACAUCAUGGUUCCACUAACAGGAUCUAUGUAUGUUCCUGGAAAAAUUGCAGAUUCUGAAAAAGUUAUUAUUGAUAUUGGUACUGGGUACUACAUUGAAAAAGAUGUGGAAGCUGCCAAAGACUACUUCAAGAGAAAAGUUGCUUUUGUCACUGAACAGAUGGAGAAGAUACAGGCUAUUGGAGUUGAAAAGAGUAAAAUCAAAGAAGUUCUUAUGGAUGUGAUGGAAAGCAAAAUUCAAAUCAUGGGAGCUCAGCGGCCAGUAGCAGCUGACACGUGAACAUAUGUACUUCUGCUGUACGUUUACACUCUCCGUCUGUUUAAUAUCAUGAUAUUAUCUGUUUAACAUGAAUUAAUUUGAUUUAUUGAACGUAAUGUGUUCAAAUAACCGUUAAAUUUAAGACUACAGACUACGCUUAAAUAUUGUUUAAUAACGGUAUCAAACUAGUUCAACAGAAACAGUGAUUUUAGUGGUUUAUUCAAUUAUAGUGCUACUUGUUUAUUCUUUUUCUCGCUUGUUCGCUUUUUCAGGUUUUAUUAAAAAGUACUACUUUACUUUGAUUCAGUUGAUUCCCUGCUGUGUUAUAAAAUACUAAUACAUUUUAUCAAUGAAAAAAUGUUAUGGCAAUUAUUUAAAAAAAUAUUUUAAUUUACUGGUUUUAUUGGGCAUCAGAUUCUGCAUUGUCUGCUGUGGCCUUGCCAUGGGUUAGAAAAUUGAAGUUAUUUCAGCCUUCUGAAACAAUAUUCAGUCUCUUUUAAACGUGUCGCUUAUAAAGCUGGUAGCGCAAAUUAUUUUUACAAACAACAAACAAAACUUUUGCUCACUAUUUUUUUUUUAUGUGUUUUUGUAUGAAAAAAUAUACUUCUGUUUAUUUAUUAAA